CCUCGACUCGACACCAAGCUCUCGUCUGAACAUGAUCCUCUUUCACAUGGCAAGUUGAAGCUAGCCUUGGCUUCGAUGGUAUCCUUCUCGAGCAUCUCACAACAGUGCUCACACUUCUCUUCUCUGAACGCCAAUUCAACGUCGAAAUGGACACGAACGGCCUUCCUGCACCGCAUCAUGAAGGCGUCAUACAGCAGCGCGCGCUACCUGUUGUGGCAGGACACAGAAUAUCGACAUGGUUGAUGAAGCUGCACUCUUUGGAUGCGUCCCCACUCUCCGAAUCUGACAAACUGGAACAGCGAGAGCAUCUACUUUGUUCUCUUCAUGCCGAUCCUAUCGCAUUCCUGUCCAAGUACAUCAAGCAGAUUCCACCGGGCUUGGCGUCCGAAUUUGCUGGCAUUCUGAAUGCUCAAGAAAGGAGCGGUAUUGUGCAGAUCAGAGAUCGAAGGAGGCGAUUCUUCAAACACCGAACACCUGAAGAGCUUAGCGUGGAAGAGAGCAGAGCCAGGUGGCCUUUGUUAUGGAAGAGGACAGUCGGUAGGGUGCAGAUGGGAGCAGCUGUGGAUGGCGCAACACACGCUGCGGUCGCGUCAGGUAGUGCUACGCUUCCGCACGUAGCCAACGACUCUGUCUCUGAUAGCAAUGCAAAAGGCAAGGAGAGGGUCGUCGCGAGACGAUCAGCAUCUCCGCGCACUGUUCAGGCAAAGCUCGACCUUCGCGAUGAUCCCUCCGAAGCACGAUCAACGUUUGAUCCUAAGCGCGUCGUGCCACCAUCAGAAGUGGCGAUACAGCCUCGAUUCGAAAGGCUCCAAAGAGACAUUGACGAGAGCGAGGUGCUCGCAAAAAUAGCAAGGCUGGAGCAAGAAGAGCGGGAGACGGUACCGGAAGAGGAGGAGGAGGAGGAGGAGGAAGAUGAUGCGAGUGAUGUGGGGGGAGAGGAGGAACCGUCAGGUGUGAAAGCGAGUGCUACUGGCGAAACAACCGAAGAUGCCUUGCAGAUCGAGCGCGAGAGGUUGGAAGUCUUCAUGGCAGAGGUCGAGAAACGGUUCGUCUCUGGUGAUCUUUUGAUUCCAAAAUACCUCUACGAUGACUGCGACUUUGAUGAUGAGUGGGAUAGGCAUGAGAGAGACAAAGACGAACGAGGUGCCAAUGCGGUGCCCGCCAGGGACAGCGAGGAGAGGUGGUUUGAUGAGGAGGAGGAGAGCUCACCACCGACGACCAAAUCUGACACUCGGUACUCGCCAGACUUUUAAAGUCGAGACAAUGUACCAUUCUCGGCCACCGCAAGCGCGUGUGCUGUUCGAAAUUUGCAUUGCAGUCAGCAACGAGGCAGAUGUGAGGCCACGCUCUUUACGAAGUGCACGCAGCCGCUCAGGGACGAGGAUGGUCGUUCAUGCGAAUUGUUAACGAUGGUUGCUGUGAUCACCGCGUUCAUCUUGGAUGUCUCUGCCUCCACAACUACUAGCACCAAGACGCACGUGACUCAAAACCCAACCCCAUUCAGAUUGUCCGUCACAGCUAUUAGCUACCGCCC